AUAAAUAAUAAAAUAUUUUUAUUUAAAAAUUUAAAAUUAAUAAAAAAUAAUUGUAAAUUAAUAAAAUUUAAAAAUAAAAAAUUAUCAUUAACUAAAAAAAAAAUAUUUUCUAAAAUAUUAAAAAAUUUAGGAAUUUUAAAUAUAUUUUAA